GGAGGCGGUGGCGGAGGCGGCAGCGGAGGAGGAGGUGGAGAAAGAAGAGUAAGGAGAAAAGAAGCAUAUAUAACCUCGUCACGUCGCCCAUCCUCUGUGCUGUCCAACGAUGGUAUGACAGCAGUGCACUGUUUUGUGAGACAAUCUUGUCCCUUUGUUUGGUAAGAAAGGGUGGAAGAAAAAUUAGCAGUGAUUUUCAAAUUGUGUAAAAAUGGAGACAUCUGUGGCAGGCCGGAGACGAACUGCCACUAGGCAUUCGGCGGAAGAUCAAGCUCUAGAUCAAAUCGCUAAAGAGGCGGAGGCAAGAUUAGCUGCGAGAAGACAGGCUAGAGCAGAGGCACGUGAAAUUCGAAUGAGAGAGUUGGAAAGGCAGCAGAAGGAAGCCGAAGAGAAUGCAGAUAGAGUUUUUGAUAUGUGUACAGCAGAUACCAAUAGAGCUAUGAGGGUAACACCGGACCCUAUUCGCGCCUCUCGCCUCCUUGCAAAUAGCAACAACUUUCAGUCAAGUCGCAGAUCUUCGGAGGAUUCUCUAGAAGAUGCUGGUCUUGGCAGAGAUCUCCGAAUAGAGCUUAAAGAAUUUGAAGAGAAGUUUAGAAAAGCAAUGAUAGCGAAUGCCCAGUUAGAUAACGAAAAGUCUUCCUAUGGAUACCAAGUUGAUUUAUUAAAGGAUAAGCUAGAAGAACUUGAAGAAAUGACUGCUCAAUUGCGUCGUGAACUCAGGGAAAAGAACCGCGAGGCGGAUCAGUCUAAGCGUCUUAGUCAACGAUUAAAAGAAGAUUUAGAUAUUUGCAGAGCACAGCUUUUAGAAAGAGAUACUUUAAUACAAGAAAAUGGAUUAGUUAUAGUGGAAGAGGAGCGCAGCGAAAGUGAAGAAACGCAAAAAGAAAAUGGACCUAUUCAUCGAAAAAGAGUGCUAGUCAGUACGGAAGCUGCAGAAUUAUUACAAAAUGCUGGAGAAGGUUCCUUAGAUGUUCGACUGAGGAAAUUUGCAUCGGAAAAGAAAGAGUUACAAGAUGAGAUUAGGCAUCUUAGGUUAGAACUGGAAGAAGCUAGGAAUCGAAUGAGGCCAGAACGAACCUCAGGUUCUGUGUUAGGUCUAUCAGAUUCGGAAGAUGCUCAAAGGGAAGCUAAUAAGCUCUUAGCAGAUUAUAAGUUUAAGUUACAAAAAGCAGAGCAAGAUAUGUCGACUCUUCAAGCAACUGUAGCGAGGUUAGAGAGUCAAGUAAUUCGUUACAAGUCGGCAGCUGAAGCUUCUGAAAAGGCUGAGGAUGAAUUAAAAGUUGAAAAGAGAAAAUUGCAAAGAGAGGUUAGAGAAUCACAGGGUCGAGUUGAAGAGUUGGAAACAGCUAAUUCACAUUUGCAGCGACGUCUGGACAAGCUGAAAAAUGCUAAAUCGGCUCUCUUAAAGGAACUUUGAUAGUUUUGUGUGCUCGCAUGAAGAGCUUAUAUAUUUCGGAAAAUGUGACGUGUAAAUAUUAAAUUGGAAAAAGCAGACUUAGCAGAAAGAUGUGGAAGACUAGUGAUCGUCUCGUGUUCACGCGCGAAAGCUAAACAAAAAUGAACCUUUCCCUCCCACCCCAAGGACUAACUGCGAAUUAAAUCCUAAUUUCCCUAUUUCUUAUUCUUCUCCGAUUUUUUCUUCUUCUUAAUCUCGUUACUGCGCCAGCAGUGUUUUACAAAUCUUUUUAUAAAUGUAUUUAUUCACAGAAAAAACGAGCGCGCGUUUUUAAGAUUUAAAAGACUAUAUUGUUUGCUCUUAUACUUUACCUCAAUGAUCGUUAUAUUUACGUUGCAGCAUGAAUUUUAACUAUUGUAUAAUGCACGAUGGAAACAAAAUCAAGUAAAUGAUUGCAAUGAUUGCAAUGAUUAUCGAGGUCAAGUGAAGCAUUUGUACUAGCGAAAUUCCACUUAACGGUAUAUUGUGCAUUUCGAGCAUAAGCUCCAUUCUUGUCAAUCGACUUUAAAGUUGGUCGAGACCAAUAGCCACAUUAAUAACUACACAGGCAAAACUAUAAUUAAAUUCUUUUACAUGUAAUUAUAUCUCCGUAGGCAUUAACUUGAAACGAAUAACCAUAAUUAUAUUUGAUUAUUGGUGAUUUUUUUUGUUUUUUUUU